AUGCUGCAGUUCGUAGCGGAGAGCAUGAAGGCGCCGCUGGCGGCCCUACAGGCGCUGGCGGAGCGAGCGCAGCGCCCCGAGCACGACCAGCGCCCCUCGCUGGAGGAGAUCGUGGAAGCGCUGGGCGAGAUGCUGCGCCUCUGCCAGUUACCUCCGGUCUCGAUCCUGGGACCUGCAACGUGCAAGUCAGAGACGCUGCCGAUGCCGCCACCAAAACCUAUUGCUCAACACGCAAAUUGGGCUUUUUAUAUUUUCAACUCGGGUGAAGACACGCGAACUACACCGCAUCCAAAAAGGGUUGAAAAGGUCUCGCAAGACAGUGCUAGGAGGCGAUUUAUCUCCCGGGGAUCGGCACAACUAAGGCUAGCCGCAUCAGAGCAACAACUCACGCAGACAGCUCAGCAUAAGGAAGCCAAGCCGAGCGGAAGCCUUUUAGCUUUUGAGCGCAGACUUGGCCAACAGCGACAGGAUAAGGGGAAGGAGGUGCGCCUCGGGAAGGGCAAGUACGGGCGCGUGGUGCGCGUGAGCUACAAGGGCAAGGAGUGCGCCCUCAAGCUGGCCGCCCUCGGCUCCAAGGUGGUGUUCGAGCACGAGAUGGAGAUGCUGAGGCGGCUGCAGGGCGCGGGGGGAGCGCCCAUGGCCUUGGCGUACAGUGAGGAUCCGUCGUGCCUCCUGAUGACGUACCUGGGCAAGGAGUGCCUGGCCGACGUGCUGAGUGCGCAGCGCAGCCAGAAGCAGCUCCUGCAGCUGAGCGUGAAGCUGGCGGAGGCCGUGGCGGCCGUGCACGCCGCCGGCAUCGUGCACUGCGACCUGAAGCCCACCAACGUGAUGGUGCAGCUGCGCGGCGCAGCAGGAGCGCCGUCUGUGCACAUCAUCGACUUCGGGAUGGCACUUCCCGUGGGCCAGUGCCAUCCCGAGAGCAGCAAAGGGCGGCAGUCGUGGUACUGCGCGUGCGUGCACCAAGGCACGCCGCUGACGGAGUAG